AUGCUGCACUAUUGGGACCUGACGGCAAAAAAUAGCAGCUGGGGACCCAAAAGAACACAGGAAAAUACCUCGAUGGUGUCUGCUCACACACUCUUCUCCCUGGAUUACCAGCAUGUGCAAAUUCCUUUCGAGAUCACACUCUGGAUUAUGUUAGCCUCUCUGGCAAAGAUAGGAUUUCACCUCUAUAAUAAGUUACCCACAGUUGUACCUGAAAGCUGCCUCUUGAUAUUUGUAGGUCUCAACAUGGGAGGACUAAUUUACAGUUUAAAUGACAAAUCCCCACCAGUCAUGAACAGUGAUAUAUUUUUCUUGUAUUUACUUCCACCAAUAGUCCUUGAUGCAGGAUAUUUUAUGCCUAGUUGGCCAUUUUUUGAAAACAUAGGGACCAUUCUGUCAUAUGCUGUAGUUGGAACCAUGUGGAAUGCAUUUGGGAUAGGCCUUUCCCUCUAUGGCAUAUGUCAGGAGAAGUACUUCAAACUUCAAGAUGUGUCAUUGCUCUAUAACUUUUGGUUUGGUAGUUUGAUUGCUGCAGUAGAUCCUGUGGCUGUACUCUCUGUAUUUGAAGAAAUUCAUGUGAAUGAAAAGCUUCAUAUUUUGGCAUUUGGAGAAUCCCUCCUUAAUGAUGCUGUUACUGUUGUGCUCUAUAAGUUGUUCAAAUCUUUCUCUGAAAUGCCAUCUAUCAAACCAUUGGAUAUUUUGGCUGGGAUAGGAAAGUAUUUUUUGGUUGGAAUAGGAAGCAUUUUCAUUGGGCUCCUGUUUGGCAUGGCUGCCUUUACCACACACUUUACCAAGACCAGCCAGGUCAUUGAACCUCUCUUUAUCUUCUUAUAUAGCUAUCUCUCCUACCUGACAGCUGAAAUGUUCCAUCUCUCAGGGAUUAUAACCACUACAUCUGGAGUUCUUGUGCUGACUUUCUUCGUGAACAAAUGUCGUGUGAAUACAGUCACCAGAAAGGACCAAUUUAUUAUAGCCUAUGGAGGACUGAGGGGAGCAAUCUGUUUCUCCCUUGUUUUUCUGCUCCCAGAGUUUUCCAGAAAGAAGCUCUUCAUUACAGCAACCACAGUCGUUAUCCUCUUUACCGUUAUUGUUCAGGGGAUGGCCAUUCAUCCUCUUGUUGACUUGUUAGAUGUGACUAGAAGAGAGACUUCUCCAACUGUGAGUGAACAAAUUCUCAUUCGGUUAUUUGAUCAUUUGCUGGCUGGCAUAGAAGACAUAUCAGGACACUGGGGACAAUAUUACUGGAAAGACAAAUUGGAGUAUUUCAACAGCAAGUAUCUGCAGAAGAUUUUGCUCAGAGAAUAUGACCAGCCCAAAUCAAGCAUUGUGCUUCUUUAUGAAAAGCUUGAAAGAAAACACGCCAUUGAGCUAGCAGAAGCAGGCCAGUAA